GCCAUCACUCCAUUCCUCUGAUACUAUGUGACACUAGCACGGUGCAUCAAUGUUGAAUGGAGACCGUGGCUAUAUUUAUCCAGCAGCUGUAGCUAGGCUUAAUAGCUGGGCUCUGGGCCCCACAAAAAUAAAUAUUUCUGGAUCUAAUAGGUUAGCCGUGGUAUGGAAGCACAUCGGAGUUCUGAGGCAAAUUUCCAUCCACAUAAUCUCAGGUCUUCAACCCUAAAAACAGCCAGACAGUAGGAGUUGCCUAUUAAUAGCUCUGUUCUUUCCUGCUGCUGCUCUUUGGAACCAAAUAGGCCAACAUGGAGAACGCUGCAGCGGCUUAUGGCUAGUCAACAGUUUUCCACUUAACACAUGGAGCUACAUGGAGCACUCAGCUCUGUUCCAAGCUAGUCUGUGGCCCAUGCUGUGAGGUAACUCCCGGUGAAGUGUUAAGAGGACCAAAGCCAAGAUUAACCCCCGAGAUUGGCUGAUUAGCCCGUCGGCUGGCCAAUCAGUGCAUGGCUACGUGGAUAUGUGAGAGACGGCGUUUUUUGUGUGCGAUUUCUUUGAGACAUUCGCCAGCUUACACGUUACUAUGAUCAGCCGAGAGAAGAAGCAGGGAACACGAGACCAGAACCAUUUGAUGGAAGAAAAGAAAAAGAGAAAGCAAGAAGAAAAGAAAAAGAAGGAAGCUGCUCAGAAAAAGGUCACUGAACAGAAAACCAAAGUGCCAGACUCAGCCAAGCCCGGCCCCACCCCUCCUCCCCCCGCCAACCCCAGUGCCACCCCGCCUGUGCCCCCCACCAGCAGCAGUGGCAGUAAUGGCAAGCGCGCCCCCUCCAGUGCCCAGCAGCAGUCCCAGCCCUCGCCCGCCCAACAGCGUUACCCGCCAAGAGAGAUCCCUCCGCGCUUCCGCCAGCAGGAGCACAAGCAGCUGCUGAAGAGGGGUCAGCCGCUGCCCCCUGGGACCCUUCCAACUGUACCAGGACGCCCCGAACCUGACUCGAGUCAGAAAUCCUCUGGUGUUUCGCACACAGAGCUGCCCCCACAGAGUGGCCCGGGAGCCCAUUAUGAGAAUCCCCACUGGGGACACCAGCCAGCCAAUCGGAGUGCCACUUCCGCCUCAGUGUCGGCCAAUCGCAGUGGCUGGGAUACAGUGAUCAUCGACGAGAGCGACACCGAGGCCUGGCCCUCCAUUUCCCGCAGCAGCCAGAGCCAGGGCCCUGCAGGAGGAUGCCCCUCGGACACUGACCCGGCCAGCAGCAGCAGCAGUAUGAGCAUGGCCACGGGGGCCAACGGCCAGACAGGCCACUUUCCUGCCAACUACCCCAGCAGCAAAGGAGCCAGCUCUGGGCCCGGCAGCUCAGCCAAUCACCCCGGGGCAGGCACGGUCGGCAUGGCCUCCAGCCAAGGAGCAGCCAAUCGGGGCUGGGGAUCUGGUCCCGGUCCGUCCCCCCAUGGCCCUCCUCAGUCCUCCUCUGUCGGGGGUGGGGAGGGGAAGACUGAUGGCCCAAUGGGAGGAGGAGGAGGCAGGGGUUGGGGCUCCUCUUCCUCCACCACCUCCAACUUGAACCUGAACCCCAAUGCCAACCCCUCGGCCUGGCCUGUUCUGGGGCACGACGGGGGCGGAGGAGCGGGGGCAAGCAGCUCAGGGGGAGCCAACCCCAAUCAACCCCCUUCUUCUCAACCCCCUCCAAACCUCUGCGACCCGCCAGGCACCUCUCACGCCCAGGGGAACGGCAUCAGAGGAGGAAACAUGGUGGGCGGCACCAACGGCAACCUUCCGGUUGGGGGAGGCAGCACCUGGGGAGAAUCAUCUGAGCCACACCCAUCCUCAUCCACGAAUGUGUCUUUCAGCUCAGAACCUCAGAACCUUAACACUGACGGACCAAAUCAUACUAGCAAGCAACAGGAGCCCCCUAUCCACAGCGUGUCCGGCUGGAGUGGCCCCUCCGGAGGUAUGGGCUCCCUGGGCCAGCCUCCUCCUGGAGCUUCCCAGCUGGUCAAUGGAGAGGAUGGCAACUCCGUCUGGGGCAACAAUGGAGACUCCAAGUCAGUCGCCUCCUCCGCGGAGCCUUCGGGCUGGGACUCUGGAGGCGGGGGCUGGGGGAGCCAUGGAAGCAGUGGUGGUGGAACCUCUGGAGGCUGGGGAGGCCAGAGCAGCAGAGACGCUUGGGGGAAGCAGCAUUCUGGCGAGGUCCAGGGGGGCUGGGACGCCCCCAGCUCUCCUCCCCAGCAGGCCAGAUCCUGGAGCACCCGAGCCCCAAGCACCACGGCGGCCAGCGAGGGCAGUAGCGAGGGCAUGGAUGGAGCGGGACACUCCCUCCGACAGGACCGGUCGUCCAGGGAUGAGCCUGCCCCCCUGCUCCCAGCCCCUGACCUGGACCCCAGGGUGCUGUGCAACACAGGCUGGGGCCAGACCCCCGUCCGCCAGCACACGUCCUGGGACAUGGAGGAGGCGGCACGCACCCAACGAAAGGCAGAUGCUGCCGGGACGGACUCUUGGGGAGGCUCCGGCCCCAACACUCCCACCGAGCCAGCCCAAGGGCCCUCAAACCCCAGCCACGGCCCCCCUCAUCGGGUUGACCCCAAGAGCGAGGGUCCCGGGCCUGGUCCUCAGGCUGCCCCAGGCUGGGGUGGUUCCAAGCCUCCAGCCAGCCAACCAGGCUCUGGCUGGGGUGAGCCACCGAGCAGCAAGAAUCCCCCCAACGGUCCUGGGGGCUGGGGGAACCCCCCACCAGGAGGCCCCGGGUCAGGCCCCAACAUGCCCAAAGCUGGGAGCCAGUCCUGGGGUGCUCCAGAGGAGAAGUCCCCAAGCUGGGAUGCUUCCCACGGCAAGGCCCCCAAGCCCCAGGGCUGGGGAGAUGGGCCCAAGCCGCCCCACAGCGGCUGGGGCAACAGCGCUGGAGGAGGGGGCAAUGGAGGAGGGGGGGACUGGAGAGAGCCUGCAGAUGGCAAGAAGAACAGUCCCACCACCAACCCCCCCUGGGAGGGAGAAGGAGCAGGAGGCUGGAAAGAGAGCAACCGAGGCUGGGGAAAACCUGGUCCGGGGAUGGGGGGAAAUGUUGGUGGAGGCUGGGGAGAGCCAGCGAUGGCCCAGCAGCGCCCAAGUUGCCCUGCCCAAGGAUGGGGUGGCAAGCCCCAGGAGAGCUCCAACAGCAAUAGCGGAGGAGUUAGAGGGAGCAUGGGCGGGGCAGGAGGUGGAGAAGGGAGCAUGGGAUCCUGGGGAGGACCUGGCCCCGUGAAGCCCAGUGUAUCAGGCCGGGAGGGCAACGGGGGAGGAGGAGGGAGCAAGCAGGACCCCUCAGGAGGAGAGCCCACAGGGUGGGAGGAACCUUCCCCACCCUCCAUCCGACGCAAGAUGGAGAUUGACGACGGCACCUCGGCUUGGGGCGACCCGGGUGCCUACAACAAGACGGUCAACCUCUGGGACAAGAACAACCCUGCGGGAGGAGGGCCACCCCAAGGUAGACCCCCAGGGAACGCCCCCGCAUGCCCCCCUGGAAACAACAACAACCACCCACCACAUCACACCUACCACGGCCCCCCACCACCCCUCCAGAGCCAUGGGGGCCACAACCCCCAGGGCCCAGGCCAGAACAGUGGGCCCAUGGACACAGCCAUGCCUCACCAGACUACGCCUCCACCACACAGCAGACCACCCCUCAUGGGUCCAGGCUGGGGGGAGCCUUCCAGUGCCCACCCCAAACCAGAGCCCUCCUGGGGGGAGCCUGCUCCCGCUCUGGUCAGCGUGGACAACGGGACCUCCGCCUGGGGAAAACCCACCGGGAGCCAUGGGGGCUGGGGUGUAGGUGACAACAGCCCUGAACCCUACAGACGGGGCAACCCACCCCUUGGAUCUGCACCUUGCAAACCAGCCCCCAAAUCUAUUCAAGACGGCUGGGGUGGCGGAGGUGGCGGGGAGGACAUGGGUUUGUCUGGGGGCCAGUGGGACCCUGACGACGGGGACAUGUGGAGCAGCCAGGCCUCCCAGGAGAGCAACUCCUGGGGCAACAGAACCAGGAAAGCCCCACCCAAGGGGAAGAUUCCAGGCAAGCAGGAGGAAGCCUGGAUCAUGAAUCGCCUGAUCAAGCAGCUGACAGACAUGGGCUUCCCUAGAGAUCCAGCCGAGGAGGCUCUGAAGAGGAACAACAUGAACCUGGACCAGGCCAUGAGUGCUCUGUUGGAGAAGAAGACUGAGCUGGACAGGCGGGGGAUAGGCUUGUCCGACUACAACAACUGUCUGAUCAACAAGGGGCCAAUGGGCUGCCGGCCUCCCCUCCACUCCAAAGAGUCCUCCUCAGAUCGUUCCCCUUUCCUCGACAAGGACGGUGUUGGUAGCCUGGUGGAGGACGUCCAUACCUCCUCACCGUUUAUGCCUUGUUCCCCCGGCCCCCUCGGCCUGAAACUCCCCUCCCUGCCUCUAUCCAGCCAGGGCCUGGGCGGCCCACGGGGCCUAGCCAUGCAAAACUUGAACAACAGACAGAUGCAGAGUGGAAUGUUGGGCUGUAGCGGUGCAGCACAAGCCCGGGCCAUGCAGCAGCCUCCUCCUCAGCCGCCAGUGCCGCCUCUCGGCUCCUCCCAGCCUAGUCUACGCGCUCAAGUGCCUCAGUUUCUCUCCCCUCAGGUUCAAGCACAGCUCUUACAGUUUGCAGCAAAAAACAUUGGUCUGAAUCCUGCACUUUUAACCUCACCAAUAAACCCUCAACAUAUGACCCUUUUGAACCAACUAUACCAGCUGCAACUGGCGUACCAGCGUUUACAAAUUCAACAGCAGAUGUUGCAGGCGCAGCGUAAUGUUUCUGGUCCCGUCCGACAGCAGGAGCAGCACGUUGCACGUACAAUCAAUAACAUGCAGCAGCAGAUCCAACAGCACCAGAGACAGCUGGCCCAGGCCCUGCUGAUGAAGCAGCAGCAGACCCUCGGCUCCCUCUCCUCCUCUGGCCUGCACCACGGCCAAGGCAAAUCAGCCCUGGACUUGUUCCCAGGCCACCCCCAGGCUCCGGGCCUACCCGACCUGCAGACCAAAGAGCAGCAGUCGUCCCCCAACUCCUACAGCCCCUACCCUCUCUCUGGACUGAAUCCUAACAUGAAUGUAACCUGCAUAGAGGUGGGAGGCCUGUCCAUGAAGGAGCUUCCCCAGCCCCAGUCUCGCCUCUCCCAGUGGACACACCCCAACUCCAUGGACAGCCUCUCUGGAGGCUCAUCCUCUCUGGAGCCCAACCUGAACAAGCACGGUUCCAACCUGGGCCCCCCUGGGAAGCCCCCCCAAAUGGAGGAUGGGUACAGCCCCUACGGCAUGAUGCCUGUCUCCGAGUCCCCCACCAACCCCCUGGUGCCCCCAGACAGCUGGAGCCAGGGCAAGAGCCCCAACGACAAGAUGGUCAAUGGCGCCAACAUCACCUGGCCUCCAGAGUUCUGCCCGGGCGUGCCCUGGAAGGGCCUGCAGAACAUCGACCCGGAGAACGACCCCAACAUGACCCCGGGGAGCGUGCCCAGCGGCCCCACCAUCAACACCAACAUCCAGGACGUCAACCGAUACCUGCAGAGAGACCGCAGCGGAGGCUCCUCCCCCACCUCAUCUCAGAACGAGGCCCUGCCCCCCUCCACCGAUUGGCCAGUCAGUGCCUACUCUAGCUCGUUCAGUCUGUCGUCCCCGGAAACGGACGACCCAGGUAAAUUAUCGGACAUGAAGUCCACCUGGUCCCCGGGGCCCAUCUCCCACCCCUCCCAGGUCUCUCUGUCCCAUGAGUUGUGGAAGGUCCCCCAGGGGCCCCGCAGUAACACAGCCGCCCCCACACGGCCCCCCCCGGGCCUCACCAACCCCACCAAGCACUCCUCCACCUGGGGAGGCAACUCCCUGGGCCUGGCCCAAGGCUGGAGCAGCUCUUACUCCUCAGCAGCUACCACAUGGAGUACAGACAGCUCCAACAGGACCAGUAGCUGGUUGGUCCUGAGGAACCUCACUCCCCAGAUAGACGGCUCCACCCUGCGGACGCUAUGCAUGCAGCACGGCCCCCUCAUCACAUUCCACCUCAACCUGACCCAGGGCAACGCAUUAGUGCGCUACAGCUCCAAGGAGGAGGCCGCCAAGGCCCAGAAGUCCCUGCACAUGUGCGUUCUGGGUAACACCACCAUCCUGGCAGAGUUUGCUGGGGAGGAAGACGUCCAGCGCUUCUUUGCACAGGGCCAGCAGUUAGCCUCAACUACCAGCUGGCAGGCUGACCCAGGUGUCAAUCAGACGCGGAUGGGUGGUUCCGGGCCCAGAUCCUCGCACCCCAUUGGCCACCCCCACUGGAACUCUGGCGGUAGCGGUGGUGGCAUGGGAGGAGGUGGAGCCAAGACGGGCGGAGAUCUGCUCUGGGGGGGCGUGCCCCAGUACUCCAGCCUAUGGGGACCGCCCAGCGGAGAGGAGGGGCGGGUCAUGGGGAGUCCUACUCCAAUCAACACGCUGCUGCCUGGGGACCUGCUGAGCGGGGAGUCCAUGUAGGACCACGUCACAGAGCUCCAUGCUAGAAAAAGGAGGAAUGGAAUACUACACAGGAAUACUACACAGUACUACAUAUAUACAAACAGAAGAGCAAAAACCAAGCAAAUCAAUGUGGUGAUAAUCAGUGUGGGUGGGAUGAUCGAGGGACAGACUUGAGGAGGACGAGGUGACUCUUCUGUGUCCACGCUGCUCACCCUCUUCCAAUUUUUCUGUUUGUUUAAAAAAAAAAACAUUUCAUUUUAGAUUUGUUCGGUGAGAGGCUCUGGUUACAGUGUUUUACGUUUGGACUUUCGGAAAAGCACGAGUAUGCCUUUGACUCAACCAACAAAGGAAGAGGAACAUUUGAACUUUACUCUGAGAACUAUUUGUCAUGUGAAACGUGUGUUUUAGACUAACUGCUUCAAACAACGAGCUGCCAUCUUCAAAACUCCCAUAAUCUCUUGCUGCCUGGCAGCAAUCCACACCUCAGAGAAACCAUAGAUACACGUCAUUCCCAAAGCCCAUCCCCUUCCUGUCGGGAAGGUUCCAGAACUUUCUACCAGUCCGGAAUUUCUCUCGUUUGUUUUUUCUCAGCACUAAUUACUAGCCUUAACCUCCCCCUGGCCUCGUUCCCCUCCUUUAUUCACUGAUUCUCACUCACUCUGUACUUACUGAAGAAAACGUACUGAGAAUUGCACACUCAUUUCUGAGCCAGCGAAAACCGAGGGGAGAGGAUGUGCUUGUAAGAGACUGAGGCCACAGCAGCUCUCAACUGGAAUCCUCGGCGGUCACAAGCAUAUUAUUCAGUCCCCACCACUCUUAAAGGGAUUGAUGAUGCAAACGCAAAAGAUCUUCGCCUUGUUCAUUUUAAAGCCAUUUUUGUCAUGGAGGAGUUUUGUUUCCCCGAACCAUUCGCAAAAUAAGCGAAGAGAAAUAUGACUCCAGUGUGUGAAUAUUUCCGGGGGCGUGUGUUUACGUGUGUGUAUGACCGUCUUGUUGAAAUCUAGUAACCACUGCUCUAUGGAACUGUAACAAAACACUUGUUUUGAAAUGCACCUCAACUCGUUUAAGGACGAACUUGUGGUCUGGUUCCCCCUCUUUCUGUGACUGUGGAAGACCUCAGUCGUUACCGUGGUCCACUAAUCUCUCCUUUACACCAACACACCAUUUCAAGUGACGUGCAAUAUAAGCCACAGACUACUCUCUACUACCGUCCACACCAAGUACUCAAAGGGUUUCUCUCACAAACCUCUUUCAAGAGCAGAGACAGAAUCAGCAAGGACUCUCUCUAUCCAUGUCCCCUGGGUGUGUGAGCUGGCUGGACCUACUUAUCUGUGAAACACAAGGAUAUACAACAAGCACUUGUUAUUCAGUCUUGGACUGGAUCUUUCUAAUCCAGCCUCACAGUGACGGACUAGAGGGGCACAGGGGUAAGGAAGGGGGUUUAUGGGGCAUUAUACCAAAAUGAGACUUGUUCCUUAUCUACCCACAAGAUGAAACCAUGCAUUUUUUUCUUUCCAUUGUUGUAUUUGGUACAAAAAAGUAUGGAACAAAUAUAUAACUGCUUUAUAAAAAGAGGUGGUUUAUCAUAGCACUUAGCAAAGAGCGUCAAGCUCCUUCACUUCAAUGCCAACGAAUCAGAAGAGGAGAAGCGUGUGACACUGAAAAACAUGAGGAAAGAAAACAACAACAAAACAAGCAAUCUACUACAACGUGGCUUCUGUGUAACUCUUUAUGAACUGUAACACAGAUGUGAAACUAUUUUCAUUUGAAACCUUCCCUUUCUCGCUGUCUGUGUUGUGGUACCAGGAACCUUUCUGAAAUGGGAGCAAAAUGAAGGGAUGGAAAGGAAAGAAAGAAUGAAAGACUUUGGGCACUAUCGGGUGUGAGACCCCGAAGCACUCGCCUGUUUUCCCUUUCACUCUAUCAAAGUAAAUAUCACUGUUACAUGACUGAAAAUCUUUAGCCUUGUUGUCUGGAGAAGCAACUAGAUGCUGCGGCAAUGUUCUGGAGAUGGAUUCUGCAGGGGGAUCGCCAUUUUCUCUCUGUCUCUCAACCUUUUUCACAAGCCCUGCCAACCUGUAUGAUCGUGUGGCCAUUGAGUGCCUGCCUGCUGCGGAGGGGGUGGACUUCAUAGAAGCUCCACACCAGGCCUCUGCAGCAGCUCUCACCCCACCUUCCCCUCUCCAUCCCUGGGGAGCCUCACAGACUGGUUCCCCCAGGGACCUCCCGGGCCUCUGGUGCCCAAGAGCAGCUGUCAGAACUGUCAGAUUCGUAUUAACUACUACUACUGCGCCAGCUUCUGUUGUUCAUCACCUCCACUCUAUUCCUCUCUCUAUCCCGCUCUCUGUUGUUCAUCACCUCCACUCUAUCCCUCUCUCUGUUGUUCAUCACCUCCACUCUAUCCCUCUCUCUAUCCCGCUCUCUGUUGUUCAUCACCUCCACUCUAUCCCUCUCUCUGUUGUUCAUCACCUCCACUCUAUCCCGCUCUCUGUUGUUCAUCACCUCCAAUCUAUCCCUCUCUCUAUCCCGCUCUCUGUUGUUCAUCACCUCCACUCUAUCCCUCUCUCUAUCCCGCUCUCUGUUGUUCAUCACCUCCACUCUACCCCUCUCUGUUGUUCAUCACCUCCACUCUAUCCCUCUCUCUCUCUCUAUCCCUCUCUCUGUUGUUCAUCACCUCCACUCUAUUCCUCUCUCUAUCCCGCUCUCUGUUGUUCAUCACCUCCACUCUAUCCCUCUCUCUCUCUAUCCCACUCUCUGUUCAUCACCUCCACUCUAUCCCUCUCUCUAUCCCGCUCUCUGUUGUUCAUCACCUCCACUCUAUCCCUCUCUCUAUCCCGCUCUCUGUUGUUCAUCACCUCCACUCUAUCCCUCUCUC